AUGUACGGUAAAGGAAAAGGUAUAUCUAGCUCAACAAUUCCAUACAAAAGAAAACAGCCAAGUUGGUUGAAACAAAAACCAUCAGAAAUAGAAGAUGCAAUAAUUAAAUUAGCAAAGAAAGGACAAACACCAUCUCAAAUAGGUGCAACGUUAAGAGAUAAUUAUGGUAUACCACAGGUAAAGGCAGUUACAGGAAAUAAAAUUUUAAGAAUAUUAAGAGCCCAUGGUGUUGCUACGACGAUUCCGGAAGAUUUGUAUUUUUUAAUAAAAAAAGCUGUAUCAAUGAGAAAACAUUUGGAAAAAAAUAAAAAGGAUAAAGAUUGCAAAUUCAGAUUAAUUUUAACCGAGUCCAAAAUACAUAGAAUAUCGAGAUAUUACAAAAGAAAAAAAUUGUUACCAUCCAACUGGAAAUAUCAGUCCAGUACGGCUAGCGCACUUAUUGCAUAG